AUGUCUGGAGAAAUGAUAGAGAACGCGGUAAGAUGUGGAAGGAUUGAAGCAGGGGAAAGUGCUAAGAGAUCAACCCCGAGAAGGAAAGAGAACGAUGUGAACAACAUGAGUAUGUAUAAUAAGCCAGUCACCAUGAGCCAACCAAAGAUGGUGACUACCAGCCAUCAUGGCUCCGCAAGACGGGACUUCAACCCAAGGCCUAGCACGGAAAGAGUCCAGUUUACUCCUAUCCCGAUGUCCUACAAGGAAUUGUACCAGAGCUUAUUCGAUGCCCAUGUAGUGUCGCCCUUCUAUCUAAAGCCAAUGCAACCCCCAUUCCCCAAAUGCUGCAAUGUGACGAUCCCAGGAAAGAAGAGCCCGGCCAGUGCUUCACAAGAAAACCAAGACGUAGGUUUUUUUACACGCAGUGGGAGACGUUAUGUUCCCGAAGGCACAGGAACCAAAAUUGCCAAAGAAAAGGUCCCGACAGUAGAGCAAAGGAAAGAAAAGAUGGUCGAGUUCGAAUCGCCAGUCAAUGAGUCAGUAACCGAGAAUGAAGCCAGGGAAUUCUUAAAAUUUUUAAAACACAGUGAGUACAGCGUCGUUGAACAGCUACAUAAGCAACCAGCUCGCAUUUCGGUGCUGGCCUUACUCUUGAGCUCAGAAACGCAUCGGAGCGCGUUAAUGAAAGUGCUGAACGAGACAUACGUCGCGCAUGACAUCUCUGUCAACAAACUGGACCGCCUGGUCAACAAUAUCAGCGCUGACAAUUUUAUUUUCUUUAACGACGACGAAAUACCACUAGGAGGCAUGGGGUCCACAAAGGCCCUGCACAUUACCACGCGUUGCAAGGGAUACACAUUACCGGGGGUACUGAUCGAUAAUGGAUCAGCACUAAACGUCUUACCCCUAUCCACACUGAAAAGGUUGCCCGUGGAUAGUUCCCAUAUGAAGACAUGCCUAAAUGUAGUAAGGGCGUUUGACGGUACUGAAAGAAACGUAAUGGGGAGGAUUGAAUUACCCCUUCAAAUCGGUCCUAGCACGUACGAGAUAGACUUCUUAGUGAUAGACAUUAAACCCUCUUAUAAUUGCCUAUUGGGAAGACCUUGGAUCCACUCGGCAGGGGCAGUGCCGUCAUCAUUACAUCAGAAGCUUAAACUUAUAACGGAAGGUCGAUUGGUGACCAUAAAUGCGGAGGAAGACAUCAUUGCAUCUGUUACCAGCAACGCACCAUAUGUGGGGACAGAUGAUGAAGCCAUAGAAUGUUCUUUUCGAUCGUUGGAAUUAAAUAAAUCGACAUUUGUUGUCGAAGGAAAUAAAGUCCCAACACCGGACUUUCCAAAACCACAAGAAUGGGACUACAACCGAUGGUUGGGAAGGAGCCUUGCCGUGGAAAGGACUUGGAAGAAGCCUACAAGGAAGGGUCAAAGUACCUAUGCUCACGGACAACGGGACCGCUUUGGCUUAGGAUUCAAGCCGGAUGCAAGACAAAAGAAAGAGGAGCAAGAGAAGAAACGAGAAAGGAGAAGAGCGCGUUUGAGCGGGAAGAGAUUAAAUGGAAACCAAUGA